GACACUUGGUGGGGAGGAAUGUUUGGGGCCACAUGCUGGUAUAUAAACUAUUUAGUAAUUGUUAUAAGUGUCUUGUAUUAAUCCUCUCUUUCUAUUGUCCCAGUGUGUGAUUACUUGAGUGAAAGCCAGAUAAAUUCAGAUUAGUGUAAAAUCACAUUCAUUGACAGUCACUAGUUGAGUGAAGCAGUGCAAUACUGAUCUGCUGCUAUUUCAUGCUAAUUAACCUGCUAUAAACAAACCUGCUUUCUGGUCAUUUACUGCCAUGCUGAUCCAUCACUGACCUGCUAUGAAUAUCAUGGCUCUUAAAUAGGUUCUUCAGGAAGACGACCAUUGUUGCAAGAAGAUGUGCCCACAAACCUCCAUGUUUCAGUGAAUUGUCCAAGUUCUAAAUGAUCCUAAAUUAAUCAAUUGAUCUGAGGUUAAAGAUUUUACUGAAAAUGACAGAUUCACAACUUAGACACAACCGUGAAAGUGAGUUCGCCAGUGGAAACGAUUCAACUCUUUCUCCAUCUCAGGAUGAUGACUUGCCUGAAUGCAAAGUGGUCCAUUGGAAACGCAAGCACAUGCCUAUAGCAAAUGGAGAAAUGUUGGGAAAGACCAAGAAGCGGCCCAAAAUAAUCCCAGCACUUACUGAGCCAUCAAGUCAGAAGAGUACCACUGUUAUUGGGUUGCUCACCAGCACAACUGAGCAACAAGGUUCCCAAGUAAUCCUCAUCCGUCCAGCAGAUGAUAGUUCUAAGAGUAUGUUAACCUCACUAGAGCAGCUGAGCUCAGUAUUAGAAGCUCUACCAUUUUCAACCAUACAGGUACAAGAUAUAAGAGUCAAGCGCCGAAAAGAAUUGAUUGCUGUUCAGCUCUUGGGGGUUAAUGAAGCAGAUAUUGCUUCUAUUUUGCAACUGACUCAGCUUGGACCUUGGUCAGUUAUUGUGGAUGUUUCAUCCAAGCCCACUAUGAAGCCAGUAAUUAAAAAAAUUAGGCAGAAAAGACAAGAAAAUAUUUCUGUGAAAACUGCUCCAGCCAUCCUCAAAUGUAACUCAGCGGGUAAUUUACAUGAAAUUAAUGAAAAUGUGAAACCAAAUAUCAUAAAAGGAAAUUAUUCAGGUAUUGACAUUAGUGGCCGUGGCAGUGGCAAUUUUGUUGUUGGCAUGCUUGGCCCAUUUAAAGUUAUCAAAUCUGCAAAGGCUAGAAUAUCUUCAGAGUUUUGCAGUCUUGAAGACUAUUUCUACAAACCAAAAUUCAAAUCUACAGAAGCUGAAUGGGAAAGAGCUAAAUCCUGGACAAAUUUUCAAGAAAGCUUAUAUAACAAUAAAGAAUUCACUCCUGAAGAUUUAGGAAAUGAAUUGAAUGAGAAAAUAAAUAAAAUUGCCAAGCAUUUCAUGGAUUUUGAACUUGGCACUCUUGAUGAAAAGUCCAUGAAAGAGAAGAAGAUGAAUAAGGUUGACUAUGCAAUGCCUUACCUGCCAACAUACAACGAGGUUGAGUUUCUUGGAAAAUUGUUCAUGAAUAAGGAAAGUGAUGCUGAUGAAGAUGCUGUGGUUGAAACCCUGCAUCAGAGUAACCCACAUGGCAAAUAUAAUAAAGGAAAAUUUAGUGAAAAGGAGGGAGAAAUUAUAAAUGAAAAUUGGAAUCAGUUUCAAAAGGAGUACAAAUUUUAUGACUUGCGUCCCCUGAUAAACUACCGCACCUGCAUUUUGGAAGGCAGUCCUGACUCAUUUUCAAUAAAUCAGGUCUUCUUCACCUCAGUACCCCAACAAAAAAAGUUUCUAAACUACAUAAGAAAAGGAUUAAACCGAAGUUUGGUGCAGUUUUGUUUCCCACAGGUAAAAAUUCACCUGCGUUCAUUAGUAUCAAGUAAAUACAGCAAUUUUGCAUGGAGCAAACGCACCCACUUGGCUGAUCAAGACGUCAAGACAAAAAAAGAGCUGUGCCUUAUUGACCUGUUUCUCAAGCGCUAUGGCGUAGAUGCUGUUUCAAUGGAGUUCAUCCUGAAUUCAAGUGGUAGACUGAUUACCAAUAGCCUUAGGCAUCACUAUCGCUUCAAGCUCUGCCCAAUUGCCUAUGGACCAUGGACAGAAGAAGAGAUGUUGCGUCUCAUCAAAGGAGUGGUGUACACCUGGAACAAAGCGCCUGCUCAAAACCACUCCCGUUCCUUCAGUGGCAUUAACUGGAUGAAAGUAUUCCUUUUUGUCAGAACACGCACGCCUACAUCCUGCUGCCAUGCAUAUGUCGAGUUUGCAAAGCAAGCUUUGCAUAGGCAUCACUACAAGCUGAAGCAUCCAGACGCUGAGGAUCUCCCAAAGUGGACAUCUAAUCAUGAAUUGAUGCUCAUUAAAGAGAUGACCAGAUCCCCUGCCAAUACUCUGUCGGUGAUGGACUUCAGGUCAAUGAUGGUCCUACCGGAGUUUGAAGGCUUCAGUGACAGCUACCUGCGGCGCAUGGCGCGUGAUGCUAUUGCUGCCUGGGUGCCUCUGCCGCAGCGGCGCAACCUCGACGACUCGCUGGACUACCUAGCUACUCACAUCCUGCCAAAGCUCGAGCGCAAGCUUGACAACCACUCCAGAGUGUUGAAGCAGAUUAAUCUCUACCGAAGUGCCAAGCUUGCAGACGCCAUACCCGAGUAUCUCGACGAACACAUCAAGCGAAUGUUCGCUACUGUGCCGCUGCAUCAGCUUGACAUCACUGAGCCUGAUGUCGAGGAUCCGGACCUUGAGGACCCUAACCUCCUGGAUGGCUUGGAUGAUGACGACCUCAAGUUAAAGAAAGAAGAUUGCGAUUUGUUUGGUGAUGAUGACCUCGAGCUGCAGAAAGAUGAUUGCGAGUUGUACGAAGAUGAUGACUUCGAGUUGGGCGAAA